AUGAUAAAACAAAUAAAUAUAUAUGCUAUUUUCUUGCAAAUCGCCAUGAAAUCUAAACUUAAAAAUAAACGGUUUAUACACUCAGAGAUGAAAAAUAAUAAGAAAGUUACAAUCUCUGAAAUGCAUUCGCUGGUUAAAAUCAUGUUUAAAAAUAGUUUGGUGAAAAUUAAAGCAGAUGAGCUUUAUGCCAUUAGCAUUAAAGCUCAUAUGUGAGAAAGGACUUUUUUUAUUUCAUUUUAA